CGGUGAUUUCGUGUCCUUGAAGAAAUCCGAAAGCAGACACCUGCCGUCUCCUUAGCGUAGCUUCAACGCAUUGCUAUGAAACCUCACACCCUAUUCCAAUAAAUUUCCUCAAAUUCAAGUCACCAAUUUCCAAACCCAAUUUCUACCCCUUUCUUCUCUGCACCACCAAACUUGUUCUUUUCAUUCUGUUUCUGCUUUCAUUUACAUAUUUCACAUUAUUUGUGGGAUUGAUCGAUCGAUUGAUAUUUUGUGAAAUUUGUAUCAAUCAGUCAUAUUAUUGUUUUGGUUUUUGAUUGGAUUGUGAUGGCGGAGGAACAAAAAUGGCAAGAGCCUGUCGGAGGACAUCAACUGUGUGCAAAUAAUUGUGGCUCUUUUGGUAGCCCUACAACGCUUAAUCUGUGUUCAAAGUGCUAUAGAGAUUAUUGCGUCAAGGAAGAGGAAAUGAGAGAGGCCAAAAUCGCCAUGGAAAAAACACUCAAUCAAUCGAAAUCCUCCUCAUUUUCUCGUCCAGAAUCUGUUAACUCAAUAAUUAAUCCACCGCUGCAGCAGACUAAACCUAAUAGGUGUGCAACUUGCCGGAAGCGCGUGGGACUGACGGGAUUCAAGUGCAGGUGUGAGGUCAUGUUAUGUGAAUCCCAUAGGUAUCCUGAACAACAUGAUUGUACGUUUGAUUACAAGCAGUUCGGGAGGGACGCCAUUGCCAAGGCCAACCUUGUAGUCAAGGCCGAGAAGCUUGACAAGAUCUGAACCGUUAUUAUGAAU